GUUGGGACUCUGUUGGUUUUUAUUGGUUUUUCAUUUCAGAGGAGAAUAAUGAGGAUUUAAAUGAUGAAGAGAGUCAAUUAAACGUGAAGAUGGAAGGCCGGAGAUGCCUCUUUAAAGUUCCUUCUAGAGAUAGGAGUGCCGAUGAUGACGAUGUUCCUAACUUUUCCAUCAUCACCGAUUUUGAUUCUUCUCCUGAACAAAAGCUGACGAAGGUAAAGAUUCAGGGUAGACGCCGGCUCUGCAAAUUUUUGACUCGGGUUGAUCAGGAUAUUUCCGAGAAAGAAAAUGUGGUUGAUGAGCCUACAUUUGCUGCUAUUACAGGUUUUGAGUCCCCACCUCUACCACAGAAUCCGAAAGACAAUGAUAAAAAUGGCGGAGAUAAUGAAAUCAGGGAUAUCCUGAACAACUUGAGUGCAAGACUUGAGUUUUUGUCCAUCGAGAAGAGAAAAGAUGUGAAGAAGUCGGAUCCAGUUGAAGAAUCUCUGCCUUUGCCGAAGUAUGAAAAGAUUGAAGAAGAUGGGCAAGUUGACCUGCUCGAGUAUGCUAGCGCAGGGUCUUCAUUUUCAUUGAAGUCCGAUACAUCUGAUUCGUCAUUUGGUGCAACUAAGAAUGCUAAUAAUAUUAUGGAGAGAGGGGAUGAUAAAUAUGAUGGAGACCUUCACUAUGAAUCUGAUGUUGACAUAUUUAUAUUUGUAAUGUGGUACUGA